AUGAGCUUGAAAGAAGUAUUCGAACAACAUCCAUGGAGGUCAUUUAAGAAGUUCAAUGAAGCUGCAAAGAGUUGGGGAUUUACUAACAGAGCUGAAGUGAAAAGGUUCUUUGACAAAAAUGUUGUACAUCAAACAAAAAUAAACCCUUACGACUACUUUUUACCAAUUUACUCCAACACUCCUGACGCAUACCAAUUUGACACUCUCGUUCAAAGCAGAAAAGGAAGAAAGCCACCAUUCCUCAUCUUCAUUAAUGUUAACACUCGCAAAGCAUAUGCAUAUUCAAUGAAAAAUAAAGGAACUCGUGAAGUGUUAAGAGUUUUACAAAAGUUUGUAGCAGAACAUAGCCCAAGUACUUUAACAUCAGACCAAGACAGUGCAUACCUCAGCAAUGAAAUCACAGAUUUUCUCAUUAAGCAUAACAUAACUCACUACACUACUGAAGACCAUAACCAUAACAUACUCGGCAUCAUAAACCGCUUCAUAAGGACUCUCAGAGAUUUAAAUCAAGAGCGAGACUUUACCGAAGAAACAAUGAAACAUUUUCUCGAAGUAUAUAAUUCCUCAACACACUCUACAACAGGACAUACACCAAAUUCAAUGACACAACAACAAGAAGAAAAGUAUAUACAAAAGAAACGAAGUCAAACACAAAUAUCAGAAAUUCCAACAAAUUUUACCCUCAUUCCUGGUACAAAAGUUCGUGUAGUUCUUGACGACAAACCGUUGACAAAGAAACGUUUAAGGUUAAGUAGAAACUAUUAUAUCGUAGACUCUACGCAAGGUAA